UGGAUGCUGGGAUUUUCUGGCUGAAUUACAUGGAAGCAGGCAGAUAACGUGAACAUUGCAGGACAAAAUAAGCAUGGAUUUGUAAUUAAAGACAACGGUGCUUUACCGUUGAAAGUAUUUGACAUUUCAAGUCUGCUGUCUGUGCAAACAAGGGCUUGUUUCUCUCUUUCGGACGACUGGACCUGGCUCCAAUAUCAGGUUGCUACAGUGGUGAGGAAGCUAAGUUAGCUGUCAAGUAGUAGCCCACUAGCCAGCCACAUCAGCACCGCUGAUAUAGCGAGCCACGUUAGCAUCAAUAGAUUGCAUUAUGGCAGACAGUAUCAUGAGUAAGGCUGCUACCAUGGAGAUCCCCAUUAACAGCAAUGGGGACACAGGGACUCUGCCAGAGGAUGACAGCCUGGAGCAGGAUUUGCAGCAGGUGAUGGUGUCUGGACCAAACCUGAAUGAAACCAGCAUUGUCUCAGGAGGUUAUGGAGGACCUGCAGGGGGCAUCAUUCCUACCAGCAGCAUCAAAGGGCCUGCAAUACGCUUCAACCCUGAGUAUCUGGACAGAAGACGAGCCCCUGCACCAGGACCAGACAUUCGCAUGAAAUCGAGGGGUGUUAGCCUGCCUAACAGCCAAUCUGCAGCCAGUCGACUUGCCCAAUGCACAGAGCAUCAUCCAGGGUCGUCGAACCUUAACACGAGUAAUUCCACUGAAGAAAUUUCUCGUGGUGUGGCAGUGGAGAAAUUGGACAGUGUAAAGAAAUGGGGCAUAAACACAUACAAGUGUACAAAGCAGAUGUUUUCAGAGAGAUUUGGGCGAGGUUCACGAACAGUAGACCUGGAACUGGAGGCUCAGAUUGACGUGUUAAGAGAUACCAAGAGCAAGUAUGAGAACAUCCUAAGAUUGGCCACUGCACUCACCAGUCAUUUUCAAAGCAUGGUGCAGACACAACAGGCUCUAGGAGACACCUUCACUGACCUCAGCCAGAAGUCCCCAGAGUUGCAGGACGAGUUUGGGUAUAAUGCAGAAACACAAAAGCUGUUGUGUAAGAAUGGUGAGGCUCUGCUCAGUGCCAUCAGCUUCUUUGUGUCCAGUGUCAACACCUUGGUCAACAAAACAAUGGAGGAUACCCUGUUGACCAUUAAGCUGUAUGAAAACGCAAGACUUGAGUUUGAUGCCUAUCGUUCUGAUCUGGAGGAGUUGAGUUUGGGCCCUAGGGAUGCAGCUGCCAUGGUCCGCAUUGAGAUGUCUCAGCAUGACUACCAGAUCCACCGAGACAAAUAUGAAAGGCUGCGCAGUGAUGUCACCAUCAAACUCAAAUUCCUGGAGGAAAACAAGGUGAAGGUAAUGCACAAGCAGCUGCUUCUCUUCCAUAAUGCUAUCUCAGCUUACUUUGCUGGCAACCAGCAGCAGUUGGAACAAACUCUUAUACAGUUCAAUGUGAAGUUAAAGCCCCCAGGAUCAGACAAGCCGUCCUGGCUGGAGGAGCAGUAAAGAGGACUCAGGGUUCAGCUGUUUGAGAUGUACAGUGACACGCUGGUCAGUGAAGAACUUGACGUUGUGGUUAGAUGGACAAGAAUUAAAUGCGUAAAGGAUUAUAAUUUAGGAGCAGUAGCUUCCAGUGAUAAAAGAAAACAUGAUAUCUUUUGUAAUGUUUUUCAGUAUUGCUUAUAGAUGGAACAACAAUUUCAACUGUAUUUAGAAUUUUCGUUAAGUCACAAAAUGAUCUUUUGUUACUUUCGUAUUCUUUAGGUAGCACAAUCAUUUACAUGGAUAUCACUUCUUAUUUAUGUGCAGUAUAAUCUUCUAUUGUGGAGAUACCCCUUGGCAGUUUUGCACAUGCAUUAUUUUUGUUGUUUUUUUAAUGUUUGUCUUAAGCGUUGUCUUUAAUAUUAGUAUAUCACAUUGAAGGAAUUCCACAAAUCAGAUUAGCAAGUUAGUGGGAUAAUGUCAAAAGUGUUAUGAAAUAUACUCUGCAAUUGUAUUGAUUUUUCUUGAGUAUGCAUGACUGAAAUAUAUUCUUUAAAUUUUGUUUUAGAUUAAAAUCAGGAUAUAGCAUCAUUUUCAAAGUUAUCCAGCUAUGUUUCUAAUAUUGCUUUGUGGAAUACCUGCCUGAAUGGUCAGUUUACAGUUUACAUGCAUAGAAGGGAAAACAUAUAUAGUGCAUAUAGUGAUUUUCUCUAACCUAAUAUACAGUCCGCAAUUAGUUUGAUCUCCCAAAUUAUAGUUACUUUCAGUUUGUCCUUAUAAUCCAGCACAGCUACAAUACAAGUAUCUGUCUUGUUUACUUCAGUUUACGUAUGGAAAUAAGCCUCACAAACCGGUGUAAAACUCAUAACUCAGCAUCAAUCCAUAUAUUCAAUGCUUCGAUGAUAAAUACAAACAUCUCAACUAUCAUGAAUCAUGAAACCAAAAUGCAAUACAUGGCUUGGUGGUUAUUUGGUUAAUUAUGUUUCAAUAUGAGGCGCCAGUGUGCAACUGAACAGCCUUCUUAAAGUCUUAAGAAUAUGAUACCACAUGCAUUCUAGGUUACAAUACGAAUUUCAAUGUCUCUUCUAGGACAGAAUGUAUGAGUACAUUUUAAUUAUUGUGUGUUAUUUAUUUACCAAUCUGUUUGUAACAUAACAUUGUACGUUAUGUACAUUUCUAGUCAGCUGAUUGUCCUUGUCUUGUUCUGCAUUUCCAAUAAAGUCUGCUGGAUAUUUUGUUUCACUUAACUGACAGGUUGACACAGAUCAGUUGGAUAUGGGAUGCUCUCACAUUUAUGUACAGAAAACUCACAAUAUAUGUAACAUGUAUGGCUCCAGUAAUUGUGUACAUGAUAAUACAA